GUCAAGGCCCUUGAAGAACUGUGUGGGUGUAUUGUGCAGUAUUUAUCCGCACGUCCGCAUGUCGCUUGCAGAAACCUCAGCCGCUUCACCAAAGCCCAAUGUCCGCCGCGAAGCGCAGCAAUUCCUGGACCAUUGACACUGACCUCGACGGCAUCGACCUUGGCCCCUCCGAUUUCGGCUCCUCCAUCCCUCUCAAGAAGGUCCCCAACGGCGACGUUUUCUCGGCCUCCCGUGCCGGCGACGUUGACCGCCUCCGCUACCUCCUCGAGUCCGGAGUCAACGUCAAUGCUCGGGACCAGUGGGAUUCUGUCGCUCUCUACUAUGCUUGCCUCGCCGGUCACCUCGAUGCUGCUCGCAUGUUGCUCGAGAGUGGUGCUAUCUGCUCUGAGCACACAUUUGACGGUGACCGUUGCCACUACGCUGCCCUUAAUUUGAAGGUCAGGAAGUUGUUGAAGGCAUUUGAGGCCAGACCGCCGCCUCUGGGUCCCUUGCAGGCGUCGCUGAGAGAUACUUUUUUGGGUUGUGCCGCUAAUUGGGCCUUCUCGGAGCUUGCUGAUUCUCAAUUUCAAAUUUCGGGUAUAUCAUCAACUCAGGGAUCCAAUUGCAACCACUUUCCUCCAGAUGUGGUUUUCUAUGUAUCAGGAAGACCUAUUGAGGCUCAUAGAGUCAUAUUGAGUGCCAGGUCACCAUUUUUCAAGAAAAAGUUUGAGAGUGAUUGGAAAGAGCGAAGGGAAGUCAGAUUCUCUAAGGAGAAGCUGUCCUAUCCUGCUCUCUAUAGCCUCUUGCACUUCUUUUAUUCUGACAGAUUAGAGAUUGCUGUAGAUGACAUGGAAGAUCUUGUGAGAAUCUGUAAAGUAUGCAAAUGCGAAUCACUACAGAGAAUUCUGGAGAAAGAACUAAUUCAUCAAAAAUAUGCAGAGUAUAAAGCGCUGAGAGAUUUGGACAACUCUCAAAAACGGUUCAUUUUACAGGGUUUAUCCCUUCCUGAAGAAGACAGGCUUCCUGCAGCAUUGCAUCAGAUUCUUCUGAUUGCUCUUUCAAAUUCAACUCAAGAAAGUGAUCUAAAUGAUGGAAUUGAUAAAAUGGUUUACCGGGUGGGUGCAUUGCAGAUUGCUAAUUCAAUGAAUGAUCUUGCAGAUGUUUGUAUAAGAGUAGAUGAAAAAAUAUUUCGCUGCCAUCAAGUUAUUUUAGCAUCAAGGUCAGAAUACUUCAAAGCAAGAUUGUCACGUAUACAGGACUUCUAUGAAGGGAAAGAUGAGUCAUCCGUUGUUUCCCUUCCUUUUCUUGAAGAACGUGAUUUGAGCAAGGAAGCAUUUGAGAAAAUGAUUGAGUAUAUGUACACUGACGGUCUGAAGGAUAUCAGUCCAGAUCAGGCAGGGGAAAUGUUUGAUGCUGCUUCUAGAUAUUUACUGUUUCCUCUAAAGCGUGCUGUGGCUGAUGCACUGCUGCCACACUUGGAAAUGGUUUCACCUGCAGAACUUUGCCAUUGGUUGAUACUGGCAGACAUGUAUGGUGUUUUGAAGAUACGGGAAUAUUGUCUAGAUACGAUAGCUUGUAAUUUUGAAACAUUUGCUGAAACUAAAGAAUUCCGAGCAAUGCUAUUGACACUGCCACCGCCAUCUGGAGAUUCCUCUUUACGUACCACUGCCCCAAGUGUUCCUGGGGCUGCUCUAAAUACUGAUCAAGGCAAUCUUCUUGAUGAUUUACGAGAGAAAUGGCUUGAAAUUGAAGCUGCGGAGCUUGACGAGAGAGAUGAGAGCGCAUUGCAGUUUGACAAGCGGUUAGAAAUGCUUAUGCUUGUUGCAAAGCAAGAAAAUAUAGGCAAUACUGAAUCAGAUGAUAUUGAGAAUGUGGCAUCCUCAGCUCUUUCUGAAACCUCUUCUCAAAUUUCUACUGAACGAGAACUGUAGAUCCUAAGAAGUUUUGGGAAAAUUUCUUUUUCUUGAGAUUAAAAUAAAAUAUGUAGAGUAUGUUACAGUGGUAAUCUUUAGCAGUACGUUUUAGUUUGGUCGCUCAGAGUGCUUAAGUUGGGUUUUUGUGACUUUAGAUGCUUGGAGCGUCCAUUGAUUGGAGUUCUUUUAAGUACCUGGUCAUAUAGGAUGUUGUGAAUGUUCACAUAUUACAAGAUGAUGUGAAUUGGUUGAGAAAGAUUUAAUCUGUCACUAUUUGAGAAAAACUAGAAUGAUGCAAAGAAGAUUAGUAUGGUCCUCUACAAGAAGGGCGCAGAUCAAGAAAAUUACAAUUUGUCUGCA